UUAGCGGAGACGUUUCAGAGUGAGUCAGGAUGAGGGUGAACAUCUACUGCUGCCUCUUAGCCUGUGCUCUGGGCUGUCAUGUCUCUGCAGAUUUAUUUCAUAAAGUAGUUGAAGAAAGACAGGUGGUGAUUCUUCCUUGUCGUCAACCUGUGAAGAAUAAAGUGACGUGGAGCAGAGAGAGAGAUGGAAGGAAAGUUGAUAUUCUAACAGUUGAUGGUGACAGAGACAUAAAACACAUUAAAGAUCCAGGCAAACGAUUCAGUACAUUUGCUGAUAAAUCUCUGGUCAUUGCCAGAGCUGAUGUCUCUGACUCUGGAAAAUAUCUGUGUGAUGAUGAAGAAGCUGUGGAACUGACUGUGAUCCCAUUAGGAACCAGGAUCCACAGUGUUACAGAGAGGACCAGCUUCUCUCUGAAUUGUCCUCAUGAUGUUGGAGGAUCACAUGAUCCAGGAUGGAGGAGAGAAAUGGCUGGAAAAGAAAAACCAAUCAGGUCUGAUGUUUCCACUGAGAGCAGGAGUCUGAUCUUCACUGAGGUUGGUCCUGGUGACUCUGGACUCUACUACUGUGAUGGAAAACCUGCUGGUUAUCUCAACGUGACCACACAGAAGAAACCUGACGGAGGGGGUAAAGGGAAAACUCCACCACCAACACCACCAACUACAACUCCUCCACCGGAAAACUCAGCUCCUUCUGACCUGUGGCCAGUGUGUGUUCGUACUGUGGUCGUAGUGAUCUACUUAAUCACCAUGAUCAGCAUCACUGCUGCCACCUGGAGGAAAGCUGGACAGAUCCAGAACCAGAAGAGACCCUCAGCAGAAAGAGGAACUGAUCCCUGAUCCCCCACUGUUUUACCAGCUAAUAUAUUCUGAUUAAAAUGUUUCCCAUUUUAUUUUACUGGAUAAUCCUUAUUUUGAUUUGAUUUUAUCUUUCUUUUUACUUGUGUUUCUUUUAUGUUCUAAGCUACUGUGACCAAGA